AUGUCGUAUAGAAGAAAUAGUAUCGACUCUGAUAGUCAAUUUAGUGACGAAGAAAGAAGAACCAAGAUAUUGGGUGUUUUUGCGGGUAUUGGAAAUAAUUGCAAUAAUAUGGUAGGAGCCGGAAUAUUUUCCAGUCCUGGAUUAGUAUUGCAUAAAGUGCAAUCUCCCGGAAUAGCAUUGAUUUUAUGGCUGAUAGGUGGAAUAGUCGCGCUCUGUGGAUCACUAUCUUAUGUUGAGUUGGGAAGUUCACUUUCGGAUGGAGGUGGAGAAACUAUAUAUUUGAAAACAGCAUUUCCUCGUCCCCGUGCACUUUUGAGUUAUAUGUUUAGUUUCACGAUGAUUGUCGCGAUACGUCCUGGUGCGAUUUCAGCGGACGCUAACGUGGUAGCUCAGUAUUUUGUAUAUAUGGCUACGGCCAAAGGAGAAUGUGAAAAUUCCGAUGAACUUCAUCCAAAAAAAUAUUUGGCUAAUUAUGAUUUUUGGCGACUCCGGCUAAUUUCCUUAUUGGUAGUUUGGAUAAUUACAAUAUACCAUAUAAUAUCCAACAAAUGGGCAAAUCGCAUAAAUCAAACGUUAACAACUAUCAAAAUGACGACUCUCUUGGUGAUCUCGGGUGUGGGAUUAGCGGCAAUUAAAAGAUCUAUUUCCGAAUCAAGCUCGACGGAUCCGUCAAAUUGGAAAAAUUUGUUUCCUAAUGUUGGGAUUGGUGCGCGUUCUUUGACCGGAGGGCUUAUUCCUAUUUUAUUUGCAUAUAAUGGUUGGAAUAAUUUAAAUUAUACUUUGGAUGAAUUUGUUGAUCCACAAAAGAAAUUGUUGGUGUCAAAUACCAUUAGUGUUGGAAUUGUUACCAUUUUAUAUCUAUUGGCAAAUAUUGCAUACACUAACGUGCCAUUAACCCAAGUAACAGGAGGAUCGGAUCCAUCUGAAAUCAUUGCUGGACAAUUCGCAUUGAAUGUUGGCGGCUUGAAGCUUGCUCGUGCACUAUCGUUUUUUGUGUGUUUAUCAGCAUUUGGGGCUUUAGCAGCGAUGAUGUGGAGUGGGUCAAGAGUAAUUGUGGCUGCAGCUAAGGCGAAUUAUAUCCCAAUAUUUUCACCAUGGCUUACUAAAUGGAAUAGUAAGACUGAUACUCCGAUCAAUGCAUUGAUCGCUCAGUCAGUAUGGUGUUCAGUGAUUAUACUUUUUUGUCCUUAUGAUGAUCCGUUCCAAUUUCUCGUCGUAAUUUCAGAGUAUACUUCGUGGGUUUUUUUCGGUCUUAGUGCGUUGGGAUUAUUGGUUUUGAGAAAACGACAACCUGAUCUACGACGUCCUUUCAAAGUAUUCCGAAUCUUCCCAAUUUUGUUCAUUUGUUUUGCUUUAUUUAUAAUAUUCGGAUCGUUUGUCAAUGAUGAUGAAACGACUUUGGAUAUUAAGUUGCCAAAAGUCAAUGUUACUUUGAACAAUUCAUGUGGUUACGGCAAUGAUGAUGGAGAGCCCUCUUACGCAUACUAUCUUCCUUAUACCACAAGCCUGAUUGUAAUAGCGAUCAGCGCGAUAUGUUGGUACUUUUUAUUUCAUAUUAAUUGGCGAAAUCGCCUAUCGCAAGGAGAAAAUGAGAAAUCUAAUCAUGAGGAUAUUAAGAAUGAUGAUAGAUUACCACUCGAAGCGGCAGAGACUAUAGAGACUAUUGAGUCUAACAAUUCUAGUCAGAUAAGUCAGACACCUGAAAGUGCAAUGUCGAAAGCAUAG